GGUUUCCUCUUCCGGAGACAGGGGUCAAUCAGGGAGGCGGGAAAUAGCGCGCAUCCGUCGCCUCUGCCCCGGGCUUGGGCGGCCCGAUUUGGCGGCCAUGGCGAUGUCGUGGAAGCCUGUCCUGCAGCCCUGGAUCCGGGAGCUGCUCCUCGGGCUGGAGCCUGGAGAGAGCUCCGGUCUGGAGGAGAAGGGAGAGGGGCUUGGGCAGCUGCUGGAGGUGAUUGAGGAAGCAGAGCCUGGAGGGAGCCUGGAGCUGCCUGAUGGAGCGGCCGCUGCCAUCCUGCUGGUGACCGACGGGACCCACAGUGUGCAUUGCCUGGUGACCCCCGAGGCCCUGAGCAUGGCAGCCUGGGAAGAGAAGCACUUUGGUUUUAGGAGGGCAGUGGGCCGGCUGCUGCUGCUGCAGGACUUCAGAGUGUCGGUUCAAAAGGUGGCUGAGACUUCCAUGGGGAAUGGGGAGUUCUACCUGUGGGUACAUCGCUUCAUCCUGCUGCCCACGGAGCUCCCCAGGGAGGGAGUGACAAGCUGUAACUGGGACCCAGCUGUUCGAAGAAAACUUAAGGAGUAUAAAAAGCACCAUGAAAGGGAGAGGACUCCCCCUAACAUAGAUCGAAGUUCUACAUUGUCCCAGUUGCUGGAAGAGAUGUGUGAAGACCGACGGAGCUUACUAAGCUGUCAGGCCCAGAGCUGCCUGGAGCUGGGAGGUUCCCAGGGGGGUUCUCUGCCCCUUACUCGAUGGGAAGCCUCUCGAAGGAGGGCCCAGGGAGAAGCUGUGUUCAGUAUUCCAGGCCUGAGGCUGCAUAUUAGUGAAGAAGAGGAGGACACCCUUCAGAACCUGAGGGCAGUGUCUGAAAACAGCCCUGAGCUUCAGAGUUUAGAGAGGACCCCAGCAGACCCCUGGCAAUUACUUCCUGCCCUGUCCUUGACACAAUCCUCUUCCUCUUCUUCUUCCUAUGUAGAGGCCCUGGACUGUUUGCCCUUCUCGACUGAGGGAAGCCCAAGUCACCUAAAGGAUAACUUCACCAACAACCGGGAAUCCCCUUCUUCCGGGUGCAGGGAGCCCAUCGACCUGCAGCAGCCAGUAUAUCUAGGGACAAGUGGGAAACCCCCCAGCAUCAGUGGCCAUCAGCAGCCCCUUGGAGCCCUGUUGAGGACUAGGGCUAGGGCUAGGGCCAGGGGAAGCAAGGACAGACCAGGAAACAGGAGGGCCAGCCUGGAGUUCGUGAGCAAGAGGGCCAAGGGUACCCUCUGGGUUCCAGAGAGUGCUCCGUCAGGCAGCUCCAGCCCAGGAGAAGGCCCAGCCUCAGCCAGGGUCCCUCCAGAGAGACACCUGGAUGGCUCACCUUUCCAGUACAAGUACCCAGAGCCCUGUGUCCGCCUCUGCUCCCAGGUUGUAGCUACCAGACUCUGCCCAUCACUCCUGGACUGGGCCAGACAAGUACUAAUGGAGAGCGACCUGGUGGAGGUGUGA